AUGUUGUCGUGUCAGAAUGUGGUGGAAGGCCAACAGAACUGUAACGGUACAUCGUGGCUCUUUGGAGGGUCCAAAAGCAACGAGAUCUUAGCUCUGGUUACGUUUGGACAGAUUGAGAGGGAAACCAGAACCAGAACCAGUGUAACUGCAAACUGUUCUCUAAUUAUAAAGAACAUCACAGCUGAGGAUGCUGGACAGUAUGAGUGUCAACAAGAUAAAUCUGGAGGCUCAAACAGUUUGCCUCAUCGGUCUGUGAUUGAUCUGUCUGUUAUCACCAUGAUUAAACAUGUGGAGAACCAAACGGUCACGUUGAGCUGCUCUGUUACCAAAUCUGUCUCCUGCAAACACAAAGUGAAGUGGCUUUUUAGUCAUCAAGAAAUGGAAAAGUUCAAAGUAAAGCCGUCUGAUAACAAAUGUUCUGCUACUGUGGUCUAUCUGGAGUCUAACUCUGAUAAUUCAUCAUCGAUGGAUCAGCUGUUUCAGUGUGAAGUGACUGGAACUCAUAGAAAUGUUCAACUGUUUUCCUUCAGUCAAAACUCAUCAGGUGCAGAAGCAGCAACACAAAAACCAACAACUGAAGACGGAAACACAAUGAAGACCCCAACAGGAAAAAAAUGA